AUGGAUCGGAACCUUGCGCGCGCGGUGACCGAGAAGAAGCCGGUUCCCGAGAUCGAUUUCACCCUGCAUACUAUGGAAGAUGGCACCCAGGUGUCCACAAUGGAGCGCGUGGUCAAAGAGGUGCAAGCCCCCGCCUUGAGCACUCCUCCGGAUGAGAUGUUCUGGUCUCCCGAAGAUCCCACCAAACCCAACCUGCAGUACCUCAAACAGCAUUUCUAUCGCGAAGGGCGUCUGACCGAGGACCAGGCCCUCUGGAUCAUCCAGGCGGGUGCGGAGGUCCUCCGGUCGGAGCCCAACCUGUUGGAAAUGGAUGCGCCAAUCACCGUCUGCGGUGACGUUCACGGUCAAUACUACGACUUGAUGAAGCUUUUCGAGGUUGGAGGUGAUCCAUCCGAGACACGAUACCUCUUCUUGGGGGACUACGUUGACCGUGGCUAUUUUAGUAUUGAGUGUGUGCUCUAUCUCUGGGCCUUGAAGAUCUGGUAUCCCAACUCACUUUGGCUGCUGCGCGGUAAUCAUGAAUGUCGCCACUUGACCGACUACUUUACCUUCAAAUUGGAAUGCAAGCAUAAAUACAGCGAACGGAUUUACGAGGAGUGCAUCAAGGCGUUCUGUUGUCUGCCGCUGGCGGCGGUCAUGAACAAGCAAUUCCUUUGCAUCCACGGUGGUCUCAGCCCGGAGCUGCACACCUUGGAAGACAUCAAAGCUAUCGACCGUUUCCGGGAGCCCCCUACACAUGGCUUGAUGUGUGACAUUCUUUGGGCCGACCCUUUGGAGGAAUUCGGACAAGAAAAGACAGGGGACUUUUUCAUCCAUAACAGCGUCCGAGGUUGCUCGUACUUCUUCUCAUACCCUGCCGCAUGUGCUUUCCUCGAGAAGAACAAUCUACUCUCGAUCAUCCGAGCCCACGAGGCACAGGAUGCCGGCUACCGUAUGUACAGGAAGACGCGAACGACGGGUUUCCCGAGUGUCAUGACCAUCUUCAGUGCUCCCAAUUACCUCGAUGUCUACAACAACAAGGCUGCAGUGUUGAAAUACGAGAAUAAUGUCAUGAACAUUCGUCAAUUUAACUGCACUCCUCACCCUUAUUGGCUGCCCAACUUCAUGGAUGUUUUCACCUGGUCACUGCCAUUUGUGGGUGAGAAGAUCACCGACAUGCUCAUCGCCAUCCUCAACACCUGCUCCAAGGAAGAGUUGGAGGAGGACGACACUCCAGCUACGACUUCACCCACCGAGGUCUCCUCGCCAGCCGUGUCUAUCGAUCCUGAGUCAAGUGAAUUCAAGCGUCGUGCCAUCAAGAACAAGAUUUUGGCCAUCGGGCGUCUCUCGCGUGUCUUCCAAGUCCUCCGUGAGCAAUCCGAAAGUGUCAGUGAACUGAAGACUGCCGCCGGUGGCCGUCUGCCUGCGGGUACUUUGAUGCUGGGAGCAGAGGGAAUCAAGCAAGCCAUCACCAACUUCGAGGAUGCUCGUAAGGUUGACUUGCAGAAUGAGCGCCUGCCUCCUAGUCAGGAAGAGGUAUUCCAGAAGAGCGAGGCGGAGCACAAAGCAGCCAUGCAGCGUGCUCAUCAAGAAGCUGAAAAUGACGCCGGGCUGGCGACUAUUGCCCGUCGAAUCUCCAUGUCUGCUGGUGCAGGACGUAAUCGCCGCCAGCAUAGUUCUCGCGAUGGAAACAAGGAGGCUUAG